UAGGAAAAUAACAUCCUUCGGGAGCCUGGGUAAGUGGCUGCACAUGGUGCUGUCAGAGGCCUUGUUGCUGGCUUAACGCUUACCUAUGCAGGGGACAGCAUCCACGUUACUCCACCCCACCUGUUGCCCAGACUGAACCCUGUUCUGGGUUUUAUCUGUGAAAGGAUUGCCCUGGCCCGUGAAGAGCAGAGGAGGGGAUUGCCGAGGAGGUGCCCAGCGGGAAGAGUGAGUUUGCAGAAUUUGGCCCAUGAAGGCUUACUCAUGGCACCUGAAGGACCAGUUGCUUUGGCAGCGGAUGCCAGAUUAUGCCACAGGAUCUGUGUAGCUCACCCUGUGCCUGCCCUCCUAGGCCAGCCAGCCUGUCGGCCCUCCUCUCCUUCACCCCACCACCCUUCAGGAUCUGGCCUCAGCUUUUGUGUCUGUGAAGUGUUUGAAGCACAGGGUCUCAGGAGAUAAACCAGGCCCUGGCUUUGAGAAGGUGGCACAGAAAAUGAAGUUUCCCAAGCAUCUGGUUGUUGCCAUGGAGACCUGUUGUCAGGCAGCAGGCUAUGCUCAGACCACGGAGGGGCAGUUCCACCUCAGGUGAGCGACCCUUUGCCUGCAGCUGGCAGGACUGCAACAAGAAGUUUGCACGCUCCGACGAGUUGGCACGGCACUACCGCACGCACACUGGCGAGAAGAAGUUCAGCUGUCCCAUCUGCGAGAAGCGCUUCAUGCGCAGCGACCACCUGACCAAGCACGCACGCCGCCACGCCAACUUCCACCCAGGCAUGCUGCAGCGGCGUGGCGGGGGCUCGCGGACCGGCUCACUCAGCGACUACAGCCGCUCAGAUGCCAGCAGCCCCACCAUCAGCCCGGCCAGCUCACCGUGAGGCCACCCCGCACGCCCUCCUGCCCACCCCUGUCACAAGGCCUCCGCUGUCAGGCCCGUCCUGUCCUUUUGUGAUAAGAGAAGGAACAAUUUAGGAGAAAAAAAAAAGUCCAUGAGAAACACUUUUCUUCACCUCAGGUGUCAAAGUCAGUUUGUUUGUUUGUUUUUAAAAAAAAAAAAAAGAAAAAAAAACAACGAAAAAUGUCCAAAAACACCAUUCACAAGUUGCACAACAGACGUAUGUACCCAUGAAGUUGAGAUUCAGCGGUGUUGAACCCCUUUCUCAGGGAUGGACGCGGUCCACGCACGAGGUCAGUGAGGACACCCCUUCCUGGCGCCUUACUCUGUACAUAGAUUUGCACUCUGGAGUUUUCUGUGAGGAUAGAGCUGGCCAAGUGGCGCAGGGGUCACAGACAUUUGUGCUUCUCUGACAGAUUCCUAAGCAGCGAGGCCUGGCUUCCCCGCUCCCUGCCCUGCCCACUGCCUAGACCUGAUCAGGCACCCAAAGUGCAGGUGUCUCCAAAGGAUGGGCCACUUCAGGGGGGAUGCCUCAAGCUGUGACAGGCCAAAGGAGCACCCCCAUGUGUGUGUUGGGGUUGGGGUGCAGGGGACUGUGUGGGGAGCCUCUGCCUGACUCCCUCCUCGCCUCCAGGAGCUUUGCCAGGGUCACCUUGGAAGAACUGGAAUCAGGCCAGCCUGAUCAGGCACAGCAUUGUACCAGCCUGGCAGGAGACAGCAGCUGGGCCACACCUGCCCAGAGCCCCGAGCUCUGUCCUUGCAGAAGGCACCUGGGGCCACCCCACCCUACCCCUGGAUACUGUACCCUGUUCUCCGACCGGAAAAUGAAGCCUGGGGCCUGCAGUCAUGGGCACAGGUGUCAGGCAGAGCCAUGGGCGUGUCCAGACCCUGAGCUCUGUGGAUGAUACCGGUGGGCCAGCUUGGUGUCUACGCAGAAAGCUGGCAGUUGGGUAGUUGGGGGACUUCACAGACUGUCCUGCAGUGGCAGACCAGAGCAUGUGACAAGGAACUCUGCCAGUAUGGUGCCAGGGCUGUCCUGGGAGCUGCAGGAACAGUGAGGACUCUAUGGGGAGCGCUUUCUUAGACCCUGCAUGUCCCAGCUUCUCCUUGCCCUGCCUGGGAGGCCUAGGCUGCACCAGCUUGCUCCUGGUAGGAGACAAGGAGCACACAGCCCAGACUUGUGCGGGGCUGAUUUAUGGCCUGUGCAGCUCCAUCUGGUCAUGCCCCAGUGAGCUCUCCGGGGCCCUGGGAUGGCCACCCUGUCCCUGUGGCCCAGGCCUAUCCUCCCCUUGUCAGGGAGCACUGGGGCCUGUGAACACAGGCCCAGGAUUCUGUGUGUGAAUGUGUGAGUGUGUGUGUGUGUGUGUGUGUUAGGGGGAGGGGGUGGGGCAGACUUGGGCUAUCUUGCAGAGACCUCUCUUCAUGUGGGUGAGGGGUUGCCCUUGGAACCUCAAAGGACCAUAGGUGGGCUUCCUGGGCCCAGAGUGCCUUGGUGGUGGCCAUCCUGCUUCUACUCUGGCCCUCCCAUGGCCUGGUGUGCAGGCCCCCUGCGGCUCCUGGCCACUGCUUGGGAGUGACUCCAGUGGAUGGGCGUCCUGUGUGCACAGCUGUGGGAGGGGAGGAAGGGCAGCGUCGUGCUGAGCACUGUCCUUGAGGUGCCAUGUGUGCCAGCUGGGGUCGGCGAAUGUCCCGGAAGCGUGAGGGCUCCUUAGCUGGGCCGUGGAUUGUUCCUGCACUGGUGGGAGUGCUGGGGAGGGGGAAGCCCUAUCCUGGUCAUGUGCCUGGCUGUCCUGAUGGCUGUGUGUGGCCUGGGGGAGAGGGAGAAGGUAGCAUAGGCAGCAGGGACCUCGCCUGAGAGAGCCCUGGGUACUUGGGUUCCAGAGUGAAGCCACACUCUGAAUACAUUUCACGUCUCAGGAAUUCACAUUCCAGGUUCAGGAAUUUUAUUCCAAAGUCCUUUGGUGCACUCGCCAUCCCGGGUUCCGAAGGCAGAGAGAGGGUGCAGGGUGUUCCCAGGAGGUGAGCAGAGCACCCUGGAGCGCGGGGGUGGGGGGCGGGAGGGGAGGGGAGGGGAAGCGCUCCCCACGUCACCCUAGGAGGUUUUCAAGCUCCACAUCUGCCUGCAUAGAAGAGGUAAAAGGACUCUAAACCCAGUUAUCUUGGAAUAAAAACGAGCAGGUUUGCUUUAGAGCAGGGGUGGGGGGUGGGGGGAAAGGUGGGCGUCGGCUGUUUCCAAAGAGAGCACUUAAUUUAAUUUUCCUCUAGAUGACCCAGGGCUGUUCCGUCUGAUAGAUGGAAGGGUAACAUUGCCUUAAAACAGAAAUAUGCAGGCGUUGUUGGCUAUUUUUGGCAAAUGAACGUGUCUUCAUUCCCAAAGUGGUUCUCAUUAGCGGGCAGGAUGGGGUCCUGCAGUUCCUGGGGGCCUGGCGUGAGAAACGGGAGGCAGAGCACCCAGGUGGGCAGGAGGCAUUCCCAUCUGAAUCAUCCAGGGGUGGAAACCAUCCCUGGGUGGGGACCAGAUGGGGCCCCGCGAAUCUCAGGCUCAGCCCACCGGCAAGUUCCCAUCUCAUCCCGAGGAGGGUGCCUUCUAGGAUGCGGGAUGUCUUCCCAGCCUGGGUCCAUUUCAGGGUCUUUUCAUUUUUGUGUGGUUUAUGGCCACGCUUGCCAGUUUCGGUGGGAUUAAGGAAGCCAUAGGGUUUUUAGAAACAGUAGUGGAAAUGCAAACCUUGGUUUUUGGGACUGACUGCAGUUCCAGGAGCCAAGUAAGCAGGGGUCUGGAAGUGAAGGGAGAGCCCCUCCCCAAAGGCCUCAGAGUGGCUUGACGUAACCAUGGGGCUGGCGUUCUGCUCCUAUCUCCAGCAAGAAGCGCCCUCUUUGCAUCAGCCAUAUCGGGACUGGCCGCCAGCUCCCCAGACGCCUACUGAAUCCUACAGCCAUACCGACACAUGCAGCUGGACAUGUAGUCCUCUCCUGCCGGGUGCUACGUAGGGGUAGGCAGUGCUGCCCUAGCCGAGAGCACAGGCCUGGGGAGGCAGUCUGGGGUGUCCUGCCGCAGCCCCUCCCUAGGGCCCUGGGGGUUCAGGGUUCCUCCAGCUUCACCCUCCUGGCUCCUUCAUUCUGAGGCCAUGCAUCGGGGCAGGUGCAGGAUUCGUCACGGUGCAGCCUCAAGAUGCAAACGUGUGCACGCUGGUGACCGCGGACCUCACUGUGGCCCACAGCCAACUAGGCCAGGGGAGGGUGGUCCAGAGAUGGACAUGGGGCAGAGAGGCCCCAGGUGAAGGGCAGCAGGACUGGGGUCUCCAUUCAAGAUCUUUGCCCCAUUCUUUCGCCUGCCCUCAGCCCAGUAUUCUUGCCAGAGCAGGUGCUAAGAUGGGCUCAACAGGGUUGCAGUUGUGUGACCUGGUUCAGGGCAGGGUCCCAGCCAAGAGGAAGGCUCCUGGUUGGGGCCUGAGCAUUUUGACUUCUGACAGUGUGACAGUAGGUUUUUGUGUGUGUUAUUAUUAUUAUUUUUUUUAAACUCAUUUGGAAAAAGUCCUUCAUCAAAGACAGUACCCAGGGUGCCCAGGGGAGAAGAGCUGGUCCCAUGCCUGAUCCAACUCCAAACUUCCAAGAUUGGCCCUAGACAUUCAUUCCAGAUGUGAUUGUCCCAGCAUCUGGAAGCACAGCCCAGCUGACUACUGAUAAAUGCCUGGUCUUCCUCCUGCCCACUGACCUGUCCCUCUUCAGUCAAAGGAGCGCAUCUGUCAGGAAGUGGGAAUCCCCAUGUUCCACCGGAAGAAGGGCCACACUGGGUACCUGCUGACGCCCCUCCCCAUCAAGAUGUGGGGGCUUGCGGUGUGGGCCCCUGGCCCUGCUCAGCCUCUCCCCCUCCUUCAGCUUUAAGACUUGACUUUUAUUUAAGAAUAAACAGGAUAAGAGAAAUAGCUCUUCUUCCCCCAAACCCCCAAAUGUCAGACACACAUUCCAGAGGGUGGGGAGGGCACAGGAAGGCAGGGGUGGGGCAGCUGUGCAGCCUCCUCCCAGGGCUAGAGGUUCCCGUCUACCUGGUGACUCCCCCAGAGGACCCCUUGAUGGGCUACUUGCAGGCUCGUUUGGAAACCAAGAGCGUUAGCGGGGCUGCUGGGAGCUGACUGUCAGCAGAGCGCUUCCCAGAAUGUGUCCCCUGCCAUCCCUGUCCCAACCCUGGAGAAACAAGGGAGCCCCAGCCACCACACUCACUCAGGUCAGGGUGUCCUCCUGGGUGAGCCAGCGGGAGACUUGCUUCCUGGCCUCACCCUGGCAAAGUCGGCCUGGUGCUGAGUGCUGCCCCCACUGCCCGGUGUGUUGGGGGGUUGCGUGCCAGCUGCUUACUAAGACUAUGCAUGCAUGAUCAGGUUUGGGACCCUCUGUGUGGCUCCAGGCAGACCUGGAAUGGCCUUUGCGGGUGUAUUGGAUAUAGGUGACUCCUUCCCAUCCCACACCGUGAUGGAGCUUCUCUGGAAUUGUUUGCCAAAAUCCCAAGGCAGAACACAAGGGUCCAAGACCAUUUCCAUCAAGCUCAUGUUUGCUUUUCUUGUCUUUUUUUUUUUUUAACCAUCCCCCAUCACUUCCGAAGGCCAUGGCUCAUCUUUCCUGGAUCACUACAGUGAAGUAUUAUAGUUGUACAGUUCCCAGCCUUGGCUUGCUCCAAUAAAACUUUGUAUGUAUUUUGUAUGGCAUAGAUUCUAUAUUGUAAUGAUGUCCUAUGCAAAAAAAAAAAAGAAAAAAAUUAACGAAAUUGUAAAUUUUAUUGUUUUAACGUGUAUGCAUGUUUAGUGACGUUUCCAUUUUGAAAUAAAAAUUAUGAUUCAG